AGUAACUUAUUUUCUCUCUCCUCAUCUUUUUCCUCUUCAUCCAUGGCGUCCUCUCCCCGCUCAAACCUCACAUUUCUCUCUCUCCCCCCUUCGACGACCCAACCAAUCAACAACACCAGCAGCAGAAGCUGUGUUACGAUACGAUGCGGUCCAAGGGAUAACCGUGGCCCACUCCUCAGAGGCCGCGUGUUGAGCAUAGAAGCAAUCCAAGCCGUCCAAUCCCUGAAACGGGCCCACAGAGGAGAUCAGACAAAGCUCAACGACCUCCUCUCCAAGACCCUCUCCCGCCUGAUCAAGUCCGACCUUAUCGCCACCUACAACGAGCUCCUACGGCAGGACCAGUGCCACGUAGCGCUCGAAGUCUUCUCGGCCGUCCGAUCAGAACCCUGGUACAACACCGACUUGACCCUGUACGCCGACUUGGUUUCGGCGCUGGCGAGGAAUGGGAUGUCGGACGAUAUCGACCGUCUGAUCGUCGAUCUGGAGGGGGAGGGUGUGAUCCCGUGUGACAAGGGAUUGCUACGGCUGAUCAAGGCGUUGAUUGCAGCGGGGAGAGCGGAAUCGACGGUCAGGAUUUACGGGUUGAUGAAGAGAAGUGGGUGGGGGUCCACGUGUGAGGCUGACGAGUAUGUGGCUAAGGUUUUGAGCAGGGGGUUGAAGAGAUUGGGGAAAGUGAGUGUGGCUGAUGAGAUUGAUAUGGAAAUUGGGAGGUUGUCUAGGGGCGUUUUGGAGAAAGUAGGUGUUUAAUCAACAUUUUGAAAUGAAACUUUUGAAGUCCCUUUUGUAAAGUUUGGAUUAGAGAUUGAUGUCUCAAUUUUAUAUUAUACUCUCUCUAUAUAUUUUCAAUUUUGUUAGUA